GAAUUCACCAAAAAAACUUAACCUCCUUCGUCUCUCUCUUACCCCCCAAAUUGAGCCGCCGCGGCUAUGUUUUCUCAGGCGACGCCAAAAUCUACAGAUACAUAAUCAAAAAAAAACUCCUCCGGUUGCUCAAAUCGCCGAACCAUGUCCCGAAAUUUCUACACUGAACCAACAACGACGACAAAAUCAUGGUUUCCCGAUGAAGAAGAGCUACAAAGACUUUAAAAAUCUCUGAACAAAAAAAAAGAAGAAUGGAUUCAUCUUCAACGAAAUCGAAGAUCUCACAAUCACACAGGAAGAACAACAAAUCACACAAGAAGCACGAAUCAAAUGGGAAACAGCUUAGCAAGAAACAACAACAACAACAACAGCAAGAACAUGAAGAAGAAGAUGUUGGUGGGUGUUUGAGAUCAUCAUGGAUCUGCAAGAACGCGUCUUGUAGAGCUAAUGUGCAUAAAGAUGAAUCCUUUUGCAAGAGGUGUUCUUGUUGCGUGUGCCAUAGUUUCGAUGAGAACAAGGAUCCUAGUCUUUGGUUAGUUUGUGAACCUGAGAAAUCAGAUGAUGUUGAGUUCUGUGGCUUAUCGUGUCACAUUGAGUGUGCUUUUAGAGAACAAAAACUUGGACUUUCUAGUCUUGGGAAUCUGAUUGAGCUUGAUGGUUGUUUCUGCUGUUACUCUUGUGGCAAAGUUUCUCAAAUUCUUGGAUGUUGGAAGAAGCAGCUUAUAGCAGCUAAGGAAGCACGACGGCGUGAUGUUCUGUGUUAUAGGAUAGAUUUGAGUUUCAGACUUCUCAAUGGGACUAGUCGGUUUUGUGAACUGCAUGAGAUUGUGGGAGCUGCUAAGACUGUGCUGGAAAAGGAAGUCGGGCCUCUUGAUGAACUUGCUGCUAGAACUGAUAAGGGCAUUGUUAGUAGACUUCCUGUUGCAGUCGAGGUACAAGAGCUCUGUACCGCUGCAAUUAAAAAGGCAGAGGAAUUGUCAGCCAGUACAGUCAGAGAUUCAAUUCCUGCUGCGUGCAGGUUUCAUUUUGAGGAUACUGCACCAACACAAGUGACUUUUCGUUUAAUUGAGCUGCCUAGUGCUAUAGGAAAUGAGGUUAAGGGUUACAAGUUAUGGUGUUUCAAGAAAGGAGAGAAGUUUAAGGAUGAUUUAUUCGUUGAUUGCAGUAGAACUGAGAGAAGGAUGGUGAUAUCCGAUCUUGAGCCUUGCACAGUGUACACAUUCCGUGUUGUCUCUUACACAGAAGCUGGUAUCUAUGGCCAUUCCCAUGCUACAUGCUUUACGAAGAGCGUUGAGAUAUUGCAAUCAGUGGGUAGUAAGGAAAAGAGAAUAACUGAUUCAGUAGGUAAUGAUCAGCCUUCAGAUAGAGAGGAGAAAAGUAGCAUUUCCUCAAGAUUCCAGAUUGCGCAACUUUCCAAGUAUGUGCAGUUGGCUGAAGCUCAGGAGGAAGGCUUGCUUGAGGCGUUUUACGAUGUAGAUACUGAGAAAAUCUGUGAGCCAGAGGAAGAAUUGCCAUCUAGUAGACGGCCGCAUGAGUUUGAUCUAAAUAUGGUUUCAGUGCCAGACUUAAAUGAGGAACUAACUCCUCCACCUGAUUCAUCUGGAGGUGAAGACAAUGGAGUGCCAUUACAUUCGCUUGCUGAGGUUGAUGGUGAUGACUGUGAUGAUGCUGUCUCUAACGGUAGACGGAAGACGAACAACAACUGCAUGGUGAUAUCAGAUGGGAGUGGUGACGAUCCUGAGUUUGAUUUCCUCAUGACCAGGAAGAGGAAAGCAAUUUCUACCAGUAAUGACUCAGAGAACCAUGAAUGUGAUAGUUCGCCGAUUGAUGAUACUCUUGAGAAAUGUGUGAAGGUGAUCAGGUGGUUGGAGCGCGAAGGCCACAUCGAUAAAAUAUUCAGGGUCAGGUUCUUGACAUGGUUCAGCCUGAGCUCAACCGCUCAGGAGCAAUCCGUUGUGAGUACAUUUGUGCAGACUCUAGAGGAUGAUCCAAGCAGCCUUGCUGGGCAGCUUCUUGAUGCAUUUGCUGAUGUUGUCUCCACCAAAAGGCCUAACAAUGGAGUAAUAAUCUCACACUAAUCAGCUUCGCUCGCAUUCAACCACAUUCUUUCUUAGUACGAAUAAUAAUAAUAUGAUUAGAACAAAAAUAGUCCAUGAUUUCUCUAACGUGGAUUCGGAUAUUUAUCAUCAAUUUGGACCACAGGAUUGACCACAUUGCAAUCUGUUUGGAUUGGGUUUUUUAGUUUUAGGAUUUGACAUUAAAAAAAAAGAAAAAAAAAAAGACCACUUGAUGGCAAGUAUUUUGCUUUGUUCAUUGUUUAUAUCUAUAAAACUAAAUGAACUAUUUA